UUGAAGAUAAGAAGAAUAUAGUGCCAGAGUUAAGGUGACGGUUGUAUCGCAAGAAAUGGAUAUGUGUGCACAAACGCAGCCUUUAUAAUUUAAAUACCUACGAUUAUGAUUUCAAACGGGCCGAAGAAACUAAAUAGGGGGUGAAAUCUUGGCAAGCUGCAUCUUUGGUGAAAUUUAUCUGUAUACCUGCUUGGCAUCAAACUCAUUGAAGCCGUGAGUCACCUCAAUCCGGCUAUAAAUACUAAUAUUAUAAUCGGUGGGAAAGGCCUAUUGGAUAGAUAUUAUACGGAAUCAAGAUCAGUCGCAGAACAUUACUGAAGGAUCAAAGCAAUAAGAGAUUAAUUGUUCUUUGCACCCGAAAUGGACCCUGCAAACCAGUCGGACGAUACCCCGGAGCUGCCACAGUUCCCCCCUAUUCAAGUCAUCGAGAAUACGCAGAAGAUAGCAGAUUUGUAUGAUUCUGGCAAGCAAAUCUGGAUAAGGAGUGAUUUCGAACGGAUCGAGCACGAGCUUAUGCACUGGCGAACUCAGCCAUCGUUUAAUAUUCGUCGUGUUGAUGGGUCGGUGGUUUCUAUUAGAAAUCCGAUGUUUGGGAUAUCGGAUCCUGUAUGGAAACCGUUUGUCGAAUUCCAAAACUACUGGUACAUGGUCACGAUGCAGUCCUCAGACGUCUUCUUCCGACGAAUUCUUCCGCACUCCUUUCCUUAUUAUUCCUACAUGAUUGCAUGGAAAAACCAGGCAUUUAACAACUUCACUGCCGACGAACAGCACCCUUUAGACGACCAGUUUAAAGAGAUACAGCAGGUGUGGGAACAGUCUUCGACGUGCACCUGGUUCAAAAAUAGGCUUGCUUUCCAGAAAGGCUUUAGGAAAGUUAACAAAGUUGUGUGCUUUGCCUUGGGGGAUAUGGCUCCUAUGUCCCGCUAUGACAGCCGUUAUACACCUCAUGGUUCCGAUACGGCCAAUAAGGAAUUUAACAUGAAGCAGCACGCGGUCGCAUUGACGAUAGGGGCCGCAUUCCGUUCGACAACAGCCGCUGACGUAGAGAUUUUUGCCCAGGACCCGGAUUAUAGUCAUACAAGUAAAGCUCUCCUGAAAAGUUUAGGGAUAUCUGUCGUCGGUGAGCAUGGUGCUGGAGGCUUCAGCGAGAUUUCUGACGAUUCGGUCGUCUUCUUCUGCUACCCAACCUUCCCCAUGAGCGAAAUUAUUGCCGACAUCGCGAGACCAGCUAUGAUCAUUGGGAAUGGCCGCACUCACGUCCUGAAUAACACCACUCACGGUGCACGAACACAUGCUGACACGGUCGCUUUUGAAGUCUUUCAACGUAGACAGCCAUACCCUUCUAACGCGGAGACCCCGCGGACCAGAGAAAUGUGGGAGGAUUACACCGAACACGACUUCAAAAUCAUGAACCCUGAUAAACGUACGUUGGCGGGCCUAGAGUCGUUGAAGAUAUAUAUUCGAAACGACGUAACAGGGGGAGCAUGUCAAAGCGAAGGAAAGGGAAAGAAUUGAACAUUGAAGGUUCAUGUGUUUAAUUUCAAAUCAUGUUAACUAGGUACCUAAAGAAUAGUCUCUGCUAAAGCAUCAGUCCUA